UCAAAUUGAUAAUGGCGGACGAUUUUGACAUUGAAGCGUUGCUUGAAGCGCCCUAUAACAAAAAAGAGCCGGAGGCCCAACCAAAAGAAAGUAACGGCACUGAGGAAAAAUCACGUAAAGACAAAGACAAGUCUCAUAAAAGUCGCCAUCGUACUAGAUCUCGGUCGCACGACAAAUCUCGCAAACACAGUCGGUCCAAAGAUCGCAAACAUCGACGAAAAAGUCAUUCGAAGGAUAGACAUCGUAGUCGUUCCAGAGACCGACAUUCGCGUCGACGCACAUCUAAAGACAAACGGAGUCGUUCACGAUCUCCGGUCAAACUACCCAAAUAUGGACCACCAUUACCUCCUCCUCGAUAUGGUAGAAAACAAUCUCCUUUAGCAUCCAAAGUGCCGCCAGCUAGUAUGUUAACUCCUGAAGAAAGAGAUGCUAGGACAGUGUUUUGUAUGCAACUUUCAAAAACAAUUCGAGCUAGAGAUUUAGAAGAAUUUUUUUCAUCUGUUGGCAAAGUCAGAGAUGUUAGAAUGAUCACUUGUAAUAAAACUCGUCGGUUUAAGGGUAUUGCUUACAUAGAAUUUAAAGAUCCCGAAUCAGUUCCACUUGCUAUGGGUCUGAACGGCCAAAAGCUUUUAGGUGUUCCUAUUGUUGUACAGCCCACUCAGGCAGAAAAAAACCGUAUGGCUAAUUCAAUGCCAAAUAUGGUACAACGUACACACUAUGGCCCAAUGAAAUUAUAUGUUGGUUCAUUACACUAUAACAUCACUGAAGAAAUGUUAAGAGGAAUAUUUGAGCCUUUUGGACAUGUUGAUAACAUACAAUUAAUGAUGGACACUGAAACAGGCCGAUCCAAAGGUUAUGGAUUUUUAACUUAUCGCAAUGCAGAAGAUGCUAAAAAAGCCCUUGAACACUUAAAUGGAUUUGAAAUAGCUGGUCGACCUAUGAAGGUGGGUCAUGUAACUGAAAAUCAUUCUAUGUAUGAUAAAACUGCUUUUGAAGUUGAUGAAUUGGACAGAGCCGGUUAUGAUUUGGGAGCUACAGGGAGACUGCAACUGAUGUACAAAUUAGCAGAAGGUACUGGAUUCCCAAUUCCACAGGCUGCAGCCAAUGCGCUGCAAGUUGCCACUGGAGUAACACCAGCAGCUCCAGCUACACCAGCUGUUCAAGUGACUCCUCCAAUUGCAACUCAAUGCUUUUUAUUAGCCAACAUGUUUGAUCCAAACAAAGAAGAUGUAGAUAGUAAUACUACUUGGGAAACAGAAAUUAGAGAUGAUGUUAUCGAGGAAUGUAACAAACAUGGUGGUGUUUUGCAUGUGUAUGUGGAUAAAGCAUCUCCACAGGGCAAUGUGUAUGUCAAAUGUACAACAAUUGAAACUGCACUUGCAUCUGUAGCAGCUUUACAUGGGCGAUGGUUUGGUGGACGUGUAAUCACUGCAGCAUAUGUGCCUGUAACAAACUAUCACAAUUUGUUUCCUGAAGCUUCUUCACUUACAAAAUUGUUGGUAUCAUCCAGAAGUAAAAAUUAGAGUUAUAUGUAUACAAUUUAUUAAUUUUAUUUUUUUAAACUUUUGAUUGACAAAUAUUGCUAUAAAAUGUUUACAUUUAUUCUUUAUAGAGUAAAAACUAUACCUACCUAAUCAUAUUUUAGUUAACCUUUUUUGUUAGGUAAUUAAUUAAUAUGUUUAAUAUGGUUAUAUUAUAAAAAUUGUGAUCGAAUUAAGUUGUAGAAGUUAACAUCUUCUAUUUAACUUUUACAUAAAUCAUUUUUCCAUGUGAACUGAUUGUGAAUAAUUUUAGGACAUAAUUAUAUGUUUGGAGUAAUUUUUUGAAAUACAAAUAUUUAGUUAGGCUACUAUUUGAAUUUUUAUUAUUUUUUUCAUCUGUUGGUCUUAAUUAGAAUUUAAUUCCUUUCUUUUGUUGGCAUUAUUAUAUUUAAAAAAAAUGGUGUAAUAAUAAAUAUCUAAUAGUCAUUUAUUUGUUUGUAAUGUAUUAUUGUACAACUUAAAGAUUAAUUGUUUUCUAUUCGUCCUGGUAUACUGUUAACCUUUUUUCCGAUGCAAUAACAUCUAAUAACUUGAUUAAAAUAAAAUACACAUUGUAUUUAUAUUUUUUUAUAUUUUAAAUGAACUAUUUGAAAGAAAGCUCCUUGCCCCCAUGAAAUAAAAUAUGACUGGUUUUUAAUAAUUGUACAGCCAUAUAUAUUUUAUAUCAUAUAUUAUUUUAUAUUUAUUCAAGUGAAUAAUAUGAACGUGACAUUAAAUUAAAACAAAAUUAUUAUUUAUCGAUUAUAUUAGGUAUCAAAAAUUAUUCUGUAGGUAUUUUAGUUGGCAAUAUUUUGAAUUGUACACUUUGCUCUUUCUAGUUAAAAAAUAAAAAUUGAUUAAUCGUUUAACAUAUGUAAAUAAAUUAACUUAUCUUAUCGUAUACUUGAUAGUUUAACAUAAUACUAGCUGGCUUAUAUCUAUACAUAUGUAGUAUUAGUAAAACAAUAAUUAAAUAUCUAUUUAACUUUUGGAUGUAUUUAAGUAAUAUAAUAAUUACUAUUUGCUAAAUUAAUUCGCAAUGGUUACCAUUAAGUAAGUUAUCCACAACACCUACUAGUUGUAUUAGUUACAUGAUUCUCUUUUUUUAUAAACAAAAAUGUAUAUUAAUAAUCAAUUACAUAUUUUUUUUUUUUUAUCAGCUACUUUUUGUGUCUAAUUUUAAUCAAACAUUUAUAUAUAUUUUUUUUUUUGUAAUUUUUCAAUAAAAUAUUUGUAUAAUGUAUAACAAUAAAGCUCUCAUUUUUUCCUCACUAUUUUAUUA